GAGGUAAAACCUGAAUCAGAACACAUUAACCUGAAAGUUAUGGGUCAGGUAAGCUGCCAUUGAUCUUAUCGUUCUCGUGCUUAGCGUUGAAUCGAGGUGCUAGUUUGUACCCUCAGAAGAAAAUGCCGUCGAAAACCUCCACAAGAAAGAUUAUUUUUGUCAUAUUAUUGGUAAUUCGGCAUAGAUUUGGGUUCAAUUAUCGCGGUGAUGAUCGCCGAUUUAAAGUACAGCGUCGAACUAAGAUCAAAUAACAUAAGUGAGAACAAGGAAUUUGAAAUCUGCUAUUCUACUUCCUACACUACGGCCGUCCCACUUUCGAAAUCCUCCCCAUUUUACCAAAGAAAUAGUGCGUCUGUUAGUAUUCAGAGCCAUAAAGAGUUGGCUUCCCGAAACGACGUCUAUGUCCUGUGCUGUUUUGUUAACCACUUUGAUUUGUGUAUAUUGUGAUCUGUGGCGGGAAACGCAACACACGUGCUUGUGUCGAUUUGUAAAAAGGCCACCCUUUGACGUUCCUGUCGUUAAAAAUCUUUUGCUGAUUGAGCUUCUCUUGUUGCUUCACAGGACAACACAGAAGUACAUUUUAAGAUCAAGAAAACCACUCAAUUAAAAAAACUCAAGCAAGCAUACUGCGAUCGCCAGGUUUGACAGUUUCGAAUCAUACACGUUGUUUGAUAAUAUUCUAGUAGUUACAUUCUCUACACUGUUCUCCUCACAUUUGCUAUGUUACUGACAAGGAGAGUUUGUUUGACAAUCAGGAGCCUCUCAAAUUGGUGAUUGUUUCCUUUAUUCUCACAACCUUUGCAUUUGAUUCAAGGGUGGUACUAUAUGGAGAAAUUAGAGGCUAGUCACUCCUAGGAAUGAAAGGGUUAAUACAUGUUAUUGUUUGAAAAUACAAAAACACAGAUUUCUCAAAUUUAAAAGUAUAACUAAUUACCAUGAGAACCACUGGUCAGAUUUCUAAAGUUUUCUAAAUAUUUCUGCAAGCAAGCCUUCAAUCUUGCUUAGUUUGUGUUGUGCUAAUGAUUUCAUUGUCUUUUAUGUUUAGGGUGUCCCCCUAAAUUCACUUCGGUUUCUUUUCGAUGGUCAAAGAAUAAAUGAUGAUCAAACUCCUAAAGAUGUAAGUAUUGGACAGAACUUGAAAAAUGGUCACAAUUGAUGCUGAAGCUCAUUUUCAUGAUAAAAAGAUAAUCAGUUGAGUGAGGCAUGGCCAAAGUUUGGCAACAUGGUUUUAUUUUUGGUGUUGUCACAGGCAACCUUCCUUGUUUCCAAAGGUAACUGAAUCUCAAGAGCCUUGAGAUUCAGAGAUCAGUCAGCUAUCAAACACGAAUGCUUGCCAAAAGAGGUUAAAGCACAUGUUACCAUUGGAAACAUAGUCAGUUGUCCAUGACAACAACACCAUUUUAAUGCCAAAAUGUGGUUGCUAAACUUCUGUUGCACCUUAUUAUAGUAUUUUGAAGAAUCGGGUGCCAGGAGGCAACUAUUAUUGAUUUGAGUUCCGAAAGUUCUGUCUCAAUUUGCCUGGCAAAGCCAAAUAAUUUUUGUUUGUUUAUACUGGCUAUCAUGUACAUCACAUACUUAGAAGUUUUAAUAAAUUUAAUAACAUUUCAAUUAGAGGUAAUGGACCUACUUUUAAUAGAGAAGCUUUUGACUGAGGAAAUUGUAGAAUUUUUUGUCAUAUCAGGGCUCGAAAUUGUGACCAAUACAACAUGGCUAAACCUUUUAACUUGGCAACUAAAAAUUUGAGUUUAGUCACUUUGGCAACUAUGUUCCUCUGAUAAAUAAAAUAUUAAAGGUGAGAAACAAUUUCCUUAGUCUCAUUUCUGCUUUUCUGCAAAAGGAAAUGCAAAUUUAGUCUGUUUACCUUUAAGUUAAAACUUGAAAUUGCUCUAAGAUCGCGACUUCUGAGGCGACAUUACAGUGGCUUCUACAUAGUGAUCGCGGGCACAAUAUUUUGUUGAGAGGCUACUGAAUUUUCGUAAUUUGCUGCAGGCUAGAAAUUACCAGGAAGCAAGGUUGUUGUUAGUAUGCAAACAAGAAGCGUUUCAAAGCCUUUCAAAAACAUUUGUUUGGGGCAUGAAUCUCCUGCAGUAGCUACCGGAGGAUGUCUUUGAAACGUGUUUAGUUCCAGAAGCCAAACAACUAUGUUAAUUAAAUGGGGAUCUAAUCUGAAUUUCUGUUCAUUUACUAUCUGGCAACUGCAUUUUUGUAUUUGGCGACCAUUUUUUCUUUGAUAGUUACCAAAAGGCGACUUGGAAUUUUUUUUAAUUUCGAGCCCUGCAUAUAUUUUUGCUAUAUUAUUGGUUCUCUCCCAUUUGUGUUGAUUCUCAAGGCAUUUUAAUAGCAUAUGAUGUACUCCAAUUUUUUCUCUUCUGUUUUUUUUUUUUUUACAUUAUGACACAACUUAUCACUCUUUUCAAAAAUGAAGGAAAUUUUAUGGUGGUUGCUGAAAAUAACAACCAGUAGGUCAUUGGUCAGCACUAGCACCCAAUUAUAUUUUAGCUCAGAGAGGCCCAUGUGUUUGCCUCUGAAUAUUUAUUAAUGAACAUUGUUCUAUCACUUAAAACUGUGCUAUUAACUUAAGAUUUUGGUUUACUUUGCAAUUAAGACAUUUCCAUUGUAUUGUUAUUGCUACAUAAAUUAUUUGUAGAGAAGGUUCAGUGGGUGUGGUGUGAAACCAAACCUGUCCUUUUUCCUAAAAAUCACAUGACUUUCAUUCAGAACUCUUGUGUUCGACAUGUGAUGUCUUUGCCCCUUCACAGUGAUUGCUUUCUUUUUUUGCAGCUCGAAAUGGAAGAUGAUGAUGUUAUCGAAGUGUACCAGGAACAGACGGGAGGGCAAUGA